UCCAGGAGAGCCGAUGUGGAACGUACGAUGUUAGCUCCCACAACAUAUAUGGAGCCGUCCCUAACACUCCAUCUUUCAUGACAGCGUCCUUUCAUUUACAAAUGGUACAGAAGAAAACUCGUCAUCGAAGGUGCUCAAUCCCUCUUCCGCAGCAAUCUGCGUUUCCUGGGGGCGGAGAAUCCUCGGGCUCCUCCUCUGAGUUGAGUCGCGUGAUAUCUUCUUCUUCCUCGUCUUCUGCCUCACUAUCUUGUUGGUUGUCUGGUGACUUGUCUUGCAACCUUGUGCUUAUGGAGAGUAGCGGAGGAGAGGUCAUACGCUUGAAUCAAACUAUGGGUGAAGCUGAAGAAUCUCAAGGAGAAGCGAGGAAUUCGAAUGCACUGGAAUGGCUGGCUAGUAAAAAUAUAGCAGAUGAAGCUGCCAGGGUAUUGCGAUGCGUCUGUUUAAAGAUCGUGCAUCCUACAUCAUGAAACGGGGAGAUAUAGCAUUCUUCUAGCCCAUAUAUGUACUGGGCUCUACAAUCUUCUCAAAUCCCUUCAAUUCCGGAUGAACUUCUGAUCAAGUGUGGAUUCCGGAUAUUGACAGUGGUAAUUCUUCGUCCAUAUCACUUCUAGUUGAAUAUUACACGCUUGUCUUUAAUACGGGUCAUUUUAUCAGUUCGGGUCAUCUUCUAUGGUAGCUUGGGAAGUGAUACUUUGGUUUCAGCGGCCGUGGAGCAGUAUUAAAAUGUGUAGACAGUACUUUAAAGUAGGUGGGAGAAUUCGGACUGGCCAGAUGGCAGCCAAAUGCGAGCACAGCAGUUGAAACGAUUGUGAUUAGUACUCACGGGUGAGUGGUUCGGCUUGAAUUGAAAGUCGCAACAUAUUGAACUGAUUGAGUAUGUUUUCUACGGACCUUUCCAUGCGCCGGUGACUGGAUGUACUGAAGUACUAGACCAGUCUCAAGCUUCUAAGGUUUGGGAACUGAUAGUGCAUAUUAAGUUCAGGUCAAACGAACUAAAUUUACCUCAGGUACCAUCUUCAGCGACCGCAAACACAUCACCAUUUAUGCAUCGUUUCGAGCAUCAGGAGCUUUGCGAAGAAAUCGUCGCAUAAUUUCCUCAUCUGUUCCAUUUUGAACCUUAGGUGUCACAAAAAUCUAACAAUGCCCUCGAAGUUCAAGCCAUCGGUUAACGCUGUAAGCAGGUGUUCCGUAUCCUGGAGGGAGGGUUCCCCAGCUCCAACAGCAGGAGUUUUGAGAAAAUCGUUACUGAUGCUUCCAGUCCUGCGAGUUCCAGCAGAGGGUUGAGCCGAAUGGAAUCACUAGACUCACGCCCUGUCGUUGCCAGAUCUACUGAGCUCAUAAGCUACUCGUUCUUCAAUUGGAGCUACGAAGAAGAGCGAGAGCAGAUCCUUGCUCACUGUGAACCAUUGUUCAUAGACUCACGUCCCAUUAAAGGCAGCAGAGACGAAAAAAUGGAAGAUAGUCAAGAUCCUCGCUUUUUCCAAACCUUUCUGACAGUGACAUGUUGUAGACAUGUCUGGGUACAUACUUCCCUCCGGAUUUUUGCUGUAGUGUCCUCUGAAGUAGCGAAGAAUGGUAUCUUCGCAAAACCACAAUAAUUAUCUAGACGGAAGAACCGGGCUGGACUAGCAGCAAUACACGAAGAACGGAUGAGGAUCGUUUCAUUCAAAAGUGCACAUCAGAAGCCCACUAUAGCCCACUAUUUCAAU